AUGCGAUUUGACAAGGAUUCAUCAAUUUCAGACAAUUGGCCUGGAUACAGUCUGGAUUUGUUCACUUAUCCUCAGCACUACUACGGAGAUCUGGAAUAUGUGCUCAUACCUCACGGCAUUAUUGUUGACAGGACGGAACGAUUGGCCAAAGAUAUUAUGCAAGACAUUGGAGACAAUGAUAUUGUGGUUCUGUGUGUCCUCAAAGGUGGCUACAAGUUCUGUGCUGACCUUGUGGAGCAUAUUAAAAAUCUCAGCAGAAAUUCGGAAAGGUUCAUCUCCAUGAAAGUUGAUUUUGUUAGGCUGAAAAGUUACCACAAUGAUCAGUCUAUGCAAGAUAUGCAGAUAAUGGGAGGAGAUGAUCUUUCAAAGCUGACUGGGAAGAAUGUUCUAAUUGUGGAGGAUAUUGUUGGAACUGGAAGGACUAUGAAGGUUCUGCUUAAUAAUAUAGAAAAAUACAAACCAAAAAUGAUUAAAGUGGCAAGUUUGUUGGUGAAAAGAACAUCUCGGCCUGAUGGGUACAGACCGGAUUAUUAUGGAUUCGAAAUUCCAGAUUUGUUUGUGGUAGGUUAUGCCUUAGACUACAACGAGCACUUCAGAGAUCUAAACCACAUAUGUGUGAUCAAUGAUCACGGCAAAGCAAAAUACAGAGUCUGAAGUGGUAACAUCCUCACCUGAAGAUCUGUACGCUCCGUGAAGCAGAAAUUUGACUGCACUCCCUCAAGCAUCUCCCAGAAGAGAGGUUCGACUGACUUGUGUUUCUUUCAACUCAGUAUAAUAAGGGGUUUACUCUAGAGAUACUGAUUAAUAUUCACAGAAGUGAGAGCUCUUAUCUGAAAUGUGAAGUAGAGGGCUUUUAAAGUGAUUACCUUUUUUAAGUAUUAAAAUUACCACAUAAGAUGCCUUUUGACUGAUAAUUUGUCUGCCUCAAGUCUCAUUGUGAAUGCUUCUUUUCUUCUCUCAGUCCGUCUCUCUACCUGUUGCAAGUCAUGCA